AUGGCGUCGAAAUGUCCUAAAUGCGACAAGACGGUGUAUUUCGCGGAAAAAGUGUCGUCUCUGGGGAAAGACUGGCACAAGUUCUGCUUGAAAUGUGAACGCUGCAGCAAGACGCUGAAUCCAGGAGGCCACGCUGAGCAUGACGGGAAGCCUUUUUGCCACAAGCCAUGCUACGCUGCCCUCUUUGGGCCAAAAGGUGUGAACAUCGGGGGAGCUGGUUCCUACGUGUACGACGCUCCUGUCAAUGAAGCCCCUGUUGCUGUUUCCAUGGAAACAGAUGCUAAACCGGAGGAGAAAAAAGCCCCUGCACGGGGACCAGUGAAGGCUGCAAGCUUCUCGUCGUUCUCCGGAGGACCCAACAUCUGCCCCAGGUGUAACAAGACGGUGUAUUUCGCCGAGAAGGUGUCGUCCCUCGGGAAGAACUGGCACCGGCCCUGUCUGCGCUGUGAGAGAUGCAGUAAGACUCUGUCUGCCGGCAGCCACGCAGAGCACGAUGGACAGCCUUACUGCCACAAACCGUGCUACGCUGUGCUGUUUGGACCCAAAGGUGUAAACACUGGAGGUGUCGGCAGCUACAUCUAUGACGAGCCCGAAGCUGAAGCUCAGCCUUGA